CUCUAUAAAGACGGACAGAACAGUCACAAAGGCAGAGAGGCUGAGACCAAUCCCAACACCUCCACCUCUCACACAGAAGCCCGCACUCUGGCCCCACCAUGAAGAUCUCGGCAGUACUUCUGUGCCUGAUGCUCACAGCAGCCACUUUCAGCACUCAGGUGCUUGCUCAGCCAGCUUCUGUCCCUACCACCUGCUGCUUUGCUAUGGCGAGUAAGAAGAUCCCAAAUCAGCGCCUGGAGAGCUACAGAAGAAUCAUGGGCAGCAAAUGUCCCCAGAAAGCUGUGAUUUUCAAGACCAGACUGGACAAGGAGAUCUGUGCUGACCCCAAGCAGAAAUGGGUCCAGGAUGCCAUGAAGUACCUGGACCAAAAAUUCCAAACCCCAAUGCCACAAUAAUCACCUUUUGGAGACUAAACCAGAGACUGAGAAAUGCCUGAUUUAGUUCCAUUCCUAUGAUGUAUUCAGAAAUAAACUCAUUAUCAUACCCAA